AUGCUGUUGGCCAACCUGACCACCCUGUUCGUCCUCCCUGUCCUCAUACUCAUCUCAAUCCCCCUCCUAAUAUCAGCUUACAUCACCUCCUGUUUCUCCGUGCUGGCCUUGUCUUUUCGCGUAUUCAUAUUCUACACUGAAUUCUGCUACGCCCUCAUCACCAGUUACUUUGUCAUGCCUACUCCUUCCAAUCUGUCCCUGCUGCCUUUUACGCCGUCGGAACCAACCUCCCCCAGUACACCAACGCCGAAUAGACGGUCCUCGGAGUGUGAACAUGAUGCGGCUCCUGUAACAUCACUGCCAUCAUCAGUGUCGACACCAAAACUAGCCCCGAUCGGCCGUCCGGGUUUAGGUCGUUCCAAAAGCGCAGCAUUCCUAGGUCUGGUCAGUGGCGAUGAAGAUCGUGAUUUUGAAGGCCUGGGCGGCUGGCGCUGUUAUGGAGCUGGGGCUGGGCCUAUGUCUGUGAUAUCUGGGGGACAAUGGGGUACUGCUUCCGGUUCCACAUCAUCUGCUUCGUCUGGUAAUCAAAAUGAUCCGGAUGAUGAUGCCGAUGAAAGGGCUUGGCUGUCGAUCAAUAAUCGUCUAGAGCUUCCCUCGCCUCCUACUACUUCUUUUUUCCAGAAGGACUACAUUACUACUGCCAACAGCAGCGAUGGGGUUGGGGUUUCUGAGUCAAAGAUGUGGGGAAACGGUCCAUCUAGUUGUACCACAAUCAUCCCUAACCCCAACCAUAAGCGUGCCGUUACCACGUCCACGUUCCUUCGCGCUUCUCCGAGUCAUCAUUCGACGUGGGCAACUGGUUCAGCACCGGUUCCUGGCUACCAAUCUCCAGUCCAAGCCGGCUGGUCGGUCGUUCCGCGCCUGAUGCUACCGGCCCACCACAAACAACAAUAA